UAUUUUGUUCUUGAACGAGCGUGAUUGGUCUAUUAAGAACACCUUAUAAAUUUCUUUAAUCAUUGUCUUUGAUAGCGAACACUCGAUCUCCUUCUUGUCGAGUCCUCGAUCGCUCGAUUCGGCGCCGCUGGGGAGGGAGAGAGAGAGAGAGAGAGAGAGAGAGAGAGAGAGCAGGCGAUUGGCAUGGCGGAGAAUUCUGCGUCCGCUUCGCCUAGCAAGGUUCCGGCUAGCGGCGGCGAUGCCGAAAUCGCGCCGGCCAACUCCAACCCUAACAUGCCGUCCCCGCAUAUUCCCCCUUCCCCAUCCAUGGGCGUCGGUGACCUAUCCCAGAUCAACUCCCCCCAAUUGUCUCAGUCCCAUGCUCUCAGCCCCGCCGCUGCCCUAGAUUACGCCUCCAAGCAGCAGAUCAUCCAAUCACAGCAACAGCAGCCGUCGUCGCCGUCGCAGCAACCCCAGUCUCAGGCGCAGAUCCAGAGCCAGCAGCAGCAGCAGAAGCAGCAAGCUCAGCAGCCAAAUAUGAACUUCCAGAUGCAGCAGAGCCUCCAGCGGUCCGGAUCGAUGCCGCGGCUGAGCCAGAUCCAGCAGCAGUUCGGAGCCUCUGCGGCCGCUGGCGCGAUGCGGCAGCAUGCAGGGAUGUACGGCGGGCAGAUGAAUCUUGGUGGCGCCCAGAUCCAGCAGCAGCAGCUGGCUGCCGCCGCUGCUGCUGGAGGGAUGGGUCGUUCAGGGAUUAUUACACAAGCGGCUCAGCUACCGAUGCUACCUGGGCAGACUACUCAGCAUUUCAAUAUGCAGUCUCAGAUGCUCACUCAGCCAAGGCAGAAAAGCUUACUUCAAACUGGUCAGUUCAAUCCAGGAAAUUCUUCUGCCCAAGCCUUGCAAGGAAUGCAGAAUAUGGGUAUGAUCAGUAACCUUAGCAUGAACCCACAACUAAGAGCAUAUGGCCAACGCAUUGCGCAUGGGCAGAUGAGACAGCAACAACUACAGCAACAAAUAGCCCUUACAUCACCUCAGAAGCUACCUGGUCAAAGCUUACCUAGGACACCUUCAGCUGCUGCACUCAACUCCCAGGUGUCUGGUUUGAUGCAAAAUGGACAAUCAACAAUGGUUCAAACAACUCUUUCUCAGCAGCAGCAGCAGUGGUUGAAACAUCUACAACCAUCAUUGCCUUCUCCAGUUUCUCCUUCGUAUCAUCUUCAGCAACAAAGGCAGCAACAAUCAUUCUUGCCACAACAACUAGCUUCAUCACAGCACCACCAGAAGCCCAUGGCCCUGACACAACAGCAGAUCUCUCAACUGAUGCAACAGCAGCCACAACCGCAGCUAGGAGGUCAGCAACAGCAUUUGCUACACCAGCAGCAGCUUCAACAAAUUCAACAGUUACAGCAACAACAGCAAUUGCAAUCUCCAAGACUUGCUGGUCAUGCAGUCCAAAAUCCUUUAUCUUUGAGCGGAUCACAAGAAGAGGCACCUGCUUCUGGAGUGACAGGUGGAAAUUCUAGUCAAGGAACAGAAGCAACUAAUCAACUUCUUGGAAAGCGAAAGAUACAUGAUCUAGUUAUGCAGGUAGAUCCUCAUGGUAAACUGGAUCCUGAAGUUGAGGACCUCCUCUUGCAAAUAGCUGAUGACUUCAUUGACUCGGUUACUACAUUUGCUUGCAGUCUGGCGAAACAUCGCAAAUCUUCCACCUUGGACACUAAGGAUGUACUGCUUCACCUAGAAAAAAAUUGGAACUUGAGUGUUCCAGGUUAUUCAAGGGAGGAAAGGAAAUACCCAAGAACAUCAUUAUCUUUGGAUAUCCACAAGAGGCGACGGGUGAUACGAGAGUCAGCAGAAACACAUCUAUCGGAAGGAGAUGUAGGUGGUUCUAAAGUCACAAAUAAGCAACUGGUAAACAAUUCUGGGAGUGAUCAUCCAAUAAAUCCUUCGUCCGUCGCAGAGCAGUUAUCUCUUCCUGUGGUUGGCUCACAAAUUGCACACAAACCGCAGAGAUUUUAGUUGCACAUCAGAAUCAGUAAACUUACAGUCUUCCCUCCCCCCACAAUUAACUUGAUUUUUGGAUUGUACAUUUAUUCCAAUUGAAAAGGUGAUGCCAAGAUUUUCUACCGAGUAAUAUCCAGUGAUUCAUGGAAUCGAAGCCAGCCACAAUUCUAAGAAAUAUGCAACUAGUGCAAGACCUUAAAUAGUAGAGGCAUCUGAUAAUUAGCUUCUAGGAUUUGUUUUCUUUUCAUUUGUAGGCUUAAUUAGGGAGCAAUUGAAUCAUUAUUUGGAACAGGGAGAAAUUCUUGGGCUGAGCUUGCUAAGUGGAAUCACAUUUGUUCAUAAAUAAAUUGAGGGAUUGUAGUGGAUCUUCAUUCUUCAGGAAGGAAAGCACAUGUACCUGUUGAUGUUUUGAUCUUUUGUAUCGAAAUUUAUGGUGUCAAUUCAGUGACUUUUUUUUUUCUUCUGAUUUGAAAA